CUAACUACCCAGACCAACUGCAGUGCCUGAACGCUCCGGUCCUCUCUGCCAAGCAGUGCUCUGAUGCCUACCCUGGGCAAAUUACCAAGAACAUGAUGUGUGUAGGAUUCGUGGAGGGAGGAAAAGACUCCUGCCAGGGAGAUUCCGGCGGUCCCGUGGCCUGCAAUGGAGAGCUCCAGGGCAUUGUCUCCUGGGGUUAUGGGUGUGCCCAGAAGGGCCAUCCCGGAGUUUACACCAAGGUUUGCAACUACGUCUCCUGGAUCCAGUCCACCAUCGCCGCCAACUGAGACGCUUGUUUGGUGUGACCUGCCUUUUCUCAUCAUCAUUCCUGUUCUUUUGGGUCUGGACAAGCAAAAAAUUAUGAGAAAUUAAUAAAGACUUU